CAAAAUAGUGCUGUCAGUUAGCAACAAGACGCCACGAAGCACGGUUACGUUAGAUCGUUCUCUAAAUUUUCAAACUCAUUGAUUACUUCAACUCGCCAAAAUGUUCAAAAAUACAUUCCAGAGUGGAUUUUUGUCCAUAUUAUACAGCAUAGGCAGUAAACCGUUGCAGAUAUGGGAUAAAAAGGUGAGGAAUGGCCAUAUCAAAAGAAUCACAGACAAUGACAUCCAGUCACUUGUACUGGAAAUUGUAGGAACAAAUGUCAGCACAACUUUGAUUGAAUGUCCAUCUGAUGCAAAAAAGACCCUUGGUAUCAAGCUCCCAUUUUUAGUCAUGAUCAUCAAGAAUCUCAAGAAGUACUUCACAUUUGAGGUUCAGGUGCUAGACGAUAAGAAUGUCAGGAGACGUUUCAGGGCGAGCAACUACCAGAGUACGACACGUGUCAAGCCUUUCAUCUGCACAAUGCCCAUGAGACUAGAUGACGGCUGGAAUCAAAUUCAGUUCAACUUGUCAGAUUUCACAAGGAGAGCAUAUGGAACGAACUACAUUGAGACCAUUAGAGUAAAUAUCCAUGCCAACUGUCGUAUCCGAAGAGUAUACUUCUCUGAUAGACUGUACUCAGAAGACGAAUUGCCUGCUGAAUUCAAACUCUAUUUGCCUAUUCAAAAGGGUAUGGCAACCAAGAAUUAGCGGAGAACCUUGAACAUACAAAAGACUUGCAAUACCAAAUCAGAUUUGUUUUGGACAAUGUACAAGAACAUUACAAUGUCGCUGGAAGACAUUUUGUGCUUCACGCAAACUCAUGGUGCGCCUUCUCACUUUAGAGGAGAAACUUGUUUUAUGAAAUUAUCUUCUUGAUAUUACAAUGAAUGGGAACUUUUGAAAUGGGAAAAUGUUUUUGUGCAAUUUGACUCAGAAAGGCUUUAGAUAUCGGGGUCCUAGGCAAAUAGCAAAAGAAGUAAAUGAAUUCAGUCAAGAAUUUCUGAUUUAUAAUUAUGUGCCAAGGAGAAUGUGCUUCAGCAAAUAGAUGUAUGUCUUGGAUUCAUGUAAUAACCAAUGGAAACCUUAUGACUGGUUUAUAACUCAAUUUGGAGAGAAAAAGUGUUCUAACAUUUAAUGUGAAAAUUAAAACAUGUUCUAUACUACUUUUCGAAUUUCUAAAUAUCAUUAGGUAGAAUCAGAUUGUUAAUCCU